AUGGAGGCGGCUACUCGCGCAGCCUCAAAUUGCACCGAUGCACGCCCCUCGAGAGCCGAUGCUGCGGAGCUUGAGGAAUACUACGCUCAACAACUGCGUAUCCUUCGCCGCGUCAUGCCGCUUGGCAUGGCCAAGAAACACAUCGAAGACUUGCGGGCAAUGCAUCGCGGCCACGACUACCACUCUGAUGGACACAUCUCUGCCACUCCCGAGCCCGCUAGCGGUAGCGACGCCGAGAGAAACUCUCUUACGCCUCCUCCAGAGCGCUCGACCCCUGCAACAAGCAUCGACGCACUACAAGGUACAGGUGAAGACACCGAAUUGAUCCCUGGACAGGCUAGGCGCAGGGUUGCAAAGAAUGGUGCAACUCGUGAUGACGCCCGGUUCGUGAUUGAGGGCGAUCCCCUCUCGAGUGACGACGCACCCACGCCAGUCAGCAUCAGCAGCGAGAGCGAAUCUGACGCUGACAAUGCCGACGGUCGAGGAGCGCGGUGGUGGACGAAUACUGCUUCAUGGCCUGCGAUAAGCACUGUUCCGCGCAAGCCAAAGCGAGCCAAGGACGACAUUGAUCGCCUGCUUUCACGAACAGGUGUUCGUAAGCCUCAGCGCAGCAGACUACGUACCAGCUCAGAUCGUCCAAAGCAGCGACAUGCGAGGGCGCUCGGUGACGUGCCUCGUGACACAUCCUCAUCUAGGCGUGAACGUAGGGGACCUUCCAAUCGUCGUUCACGCGGCAGCCGUGUGUCAAACGCGUCUAGUCACAGGUAUCCUUCCUACCGCCCCAACAACCCGCCCAUUGCUCAUCCUAGAUCUAUCAAGAGCCUGGAUCUCGUGGACGACACGGUGCUCUUUGAUGUAGAGUGGCAGGCGGAACAGCCUGAGGUUGAUGGCCGACCGGCAGCAUCUCUGCUUCUGCCUGACGAAGGGUUGCCGCGGCAAACGUCACGAACCGCGGGCGCGGGCCGGUCGCCCCGCUUCUCAGAUGACGCCUUGGGCCUUGCUUCUCGCGACAGCCCAAGUCGUGUUCAUGUCGAUCUGACCAGUGACCUGGCCACGCCAGCACGGCUUCUGGCUAGCUCAGAGCCAAAGUCGUUGCCCGCUAGGAAGACACAGCAGCGCCUCGACGAGUUCAUACCUAGUCGCCAAUGCAUCACACCUCGUGCGCCGAUGCCCGAUCAUCUGCAAAGCCAACAGCGCGAAGCCGAUGCAUGGGCCGAACUUGGAUUCCUGACUCUCGACUUUGGUAUUCGGCCCUUGCCUAUCGGCAUUUGCUUUGAUUCGUCUACCUCUCUCGGGCGCGGCAAGUUGCACGACUUGCUCGCGCCCCGGGAUGGCGCGCGACAGCCCUCUCCACCCAGAGCAGGAAGUGCUUUCUUCGGUGUCGCGUUGCAAUUGCACAACUCGGACAGCGAACUCAUCGAGUACUUGCCCAAGCUCUUCGACAACAUGUUCGACGAAUUUGAUAAGCUGCAGCAAGAGCCGUCCAUUGCGCGCGGCUCUCGUCUACGAAUGAACAUUGCUGAAGCAGCUGACUUUUUCCUGUCUUGGUCUCCAACACGUCUGAGCUCAAGCAGCACCAGCACUGGCACUUCGUGGACAUUGCAGCUCCUUUCCGAGCUUGCGCGGCUACAACAUCGACUUGCCAGCAUCGGCGUACACCAUCACGCAAAGGAGCAUAUGAUCGAGAGCGUCCUGGCAAUUCGCUGGCUAGCGCUGCAGCUCUCCUGGCGUAGCGUCGUUACCAAUCUUGAAAAGACCGCAGACGAUCCGACAACGGAGAUCGGCGACGAGACCACUCUUCUGAAUGGCAUGGCUCGGGUCGCUGGCGAUCUCAUGGUCGUUCUGCUUUGUCACGGCCUGCACAGGACCAUGAAGAGCGUGAAGGAUGUCAUGCGCUCACACACGGAAACCUCCGGACUUAUUAUACUGCGCGACUACUCGGCAGAAUUGUGGGUGUCUCUCAUCCACUUGCUGUCCGAGCCACUCUGCACGCGACACGGACUAGACUUCUGGCUCGUCUUGGAAAAAGCUGUCAGCCAGUGGGAUAAUCUGAUCCGAGCGCGCUCGAACGUUGUUUCUGCGGAGAGCGUCUGGUACAUCACGCUCAGCAUGUGCGCGCUCUCCCAAUUCUCUUCUUCACACGGCAGCACUGGCCAGCGUCCUAAGCUAGACGCUUCGUGGAGCAUGAUCAAGAAUGCUCUGGAUCGCGUACGUCUGCGAUUCGACACGGAGGUGGAGCGCACCAUGCCUAGCGCAGCAAUCAGCAAGCGUGAUCAAUACCUUAAAAUCGUAGUACAACGCUGUCUGAACCUGUCUUCGCUAUGGCACUGGCGUUUCGUUGGCGCUGAGGCAGUCAUGACGCACCUUUUCAAGCUGUUCGACGCCCACCGCUUGACGAACCUCCCUCGCGAGACGGAUCACGACUUUGCGCCCUUCCUUCGGGAGUACGAUGCGAGACUCCUCUACGAUGCAGCACGCCACGAGUCGACUGCUUUCCACGUCUUCAUCAAGCUCCUUGCUGCUGCUUGCAAGGAAAUCAGCCAAUCUGCAGCUGACAAAGCUAUAGGCGAUCGCCAGGUGUCGCGACUGAUGUCUAGGGUGUUGCCAAUACGGGUGAUGCCUUUUACGCAGAGCAAACCCCCUACCGCAUUGGAGCGCUCGAUGCUUUUCAAUCACUAUUCGCUCGCAAUGCUUUUCCUCUUCACUGUUCCCUCGGCUGCAACGCAGCGUCUGCGCCAAAUGAAGAGUUUUCUGGCUUUUGGCGACGCCGAUCUGGCCUCUCAAGUCACCUGCAUUCGUGCAAUGCUGUAUGCUGCAGUCAUCUUUCGACAUCAUAAGCAACCGCUUGAACCGAUCAUGUGCUGGUUUUCUUCAUCAUUCGCAAGCCUCUUAAAGAAAUUUGGUGCUCUGGAAGUCGAAACACGUCAUGCUCCUUCGGCAGCAGUGGCUAGUCUGCGGGACGAGCAAGUGCACCAAUCCAAAGUGAGGCAGCAGCGCUCAAUUACUAGCCUGAUUGUCACUGCUCUGCGAUCUGUGCAACACAUGAUAGACAGGACAACGUUGGAUCCCGCACAGCAGAUGCCGACAAUAUAUCCUGAUCUUGCGCUGCUCGAUCACGGUGAGUGGUACGCGCGAAGUCUUGAGCUCUAGCAGCGUUCUGACAAUCCUCACUUCACCGCUCUAGCUUGGACCUGCGACGUUCUUGAGACUCAACUGGCUGUCGAUCCGUCGGUCGGCAACGAAGCGAUGAAGAUCAUUCAAGCAUUCUUGUUGCACCGCAAUAGAGCAGUCGCAAGUUUGUCCGACAGGCAAUCGAGCGCCACCCCUUUGACCGCUCUGGACGAUGAUAGUCAGGACAGCUUUGCAGAUCUGUUCCCUGAUGCCGACCUCGAUGAUGAGAUGCUACGUAGCAUCAUAGACGAUUCCGAGGUGGUCUCGGGGAGGAUACCGAAUCCGCCUAUCCGCGAACAGGAUCGCGACUUUGCCCACCUUGUCAGCAGAUCCUUGUUGACCUCGAUUUUCCGACACAUAUCCAACAUUUUCCAUCCGGACCGACUCACGACCUAUUCUGCAAGGGCUGUCCUUGGUCUCGGCGAUUCUCGUCGCGAGGUCCGUGACCGAGGCCACUUGGAGGAAGUGAUACGAACGGCUUCACGUCGAAGUCAUGUGGAGUUGGCCAUCGACUGCUGGACAGGCUGCGCUCACGUGCUCGUUCAAAACGGUCUGCGAGACUGGAGCAGCUUCCUAUCUCACGGCAUUGGGUCCUUCAAGCACUUCAAUGAUGACAUUGCAGGCCGCGACAUCGGGCUACGUUUUUUGCACAAUGUAGCAUCGCUAGACCGCACAGCUUUCGAAGAGCAUGAAGGCGAAUUCCUGAUUGGCUGGUUCGCGAGUGCUCCCUCCCCCAACCUGUCUAUCCAGCACAUCUACACUCGAACGCUCAGUGAUGUCCAGCCUCAACAUCCCUGGCUAGCGAGUGCCCCGUGGAACCGGGACGAACGUGGCGUAUUCCAUCAGAUCAGCCUCGAGGCGUUCGAGCAAGCAAGGACACAAGCUCUUCGAAACAUGUUCAAGGUGAUGGCGCACGAGUAUGGACACUCGCAGCAAGGCAGUAAGCGGCGAUCCGCGACGUUUGCAUGCUUGUCAGCUCUGCUCACUUCUUUGCGCAUCUAUGCGCAAGAGGGCGAGCAGACGUUGGUAGAAAAGAAGACCUACUGUGAAUUUGGUUUGGAAGUAUGUCAAUCGAUGCGGAGUGAUCUUGGACCUACGAUACUACGAGGGGCAGACCUGGAGAUCCGCCGAACGGUAAAUCUGCUUCAAAGCUUGCAGCAACCGAACCUUCCGAGCGCUUCGUCUGCAAUGUCAUGA